ACAUUGACUUUCUCUUCAAAGAAAUGAGUGGUUGACAUUACGAAGCGAUGCGAUGAUAGACCCAAAGACCACGGAGCUCCAUGCAUAGACCCUCAUUUAUUUCAACAAGACAUUGAUUUACUGGAGUAUCAAUCAGUUCAUAAUGUAACUUAAGCAGGAAGGAGAUCUAUAUACUCACUUGUGUUUUUCUUAACGAUCGAUAUUUGUUCGCAAUCUCGGCAAUUAUUACUCACUAAUCAACGGAAAGCGAAAAGACUUUUCAAAGUCACGACAUGUCGGCAUCACGGCGGGGUGACGAAAAGAAGUCGGGCUUCAACAUGCCCAGGAGCCUGAUCAAGGUGGCUCCAGCGGUGGAGACGGAGGCGGAUACCCUCCCGGAGAAGAAGGGCAUCGAGACGGUGAGUGGAGGGCUCCAGGCUCCUUCCAGCAAGUCUCCUCCUCCAGUAUUCCCGGAUGAUAUCCCGCUCCACAUGCGGUACAGGGACAAGGUGUCUUGGUGGGCCAUCCUGUACCGGUCUGUUCCUGAUGCCAUCGGAAUCGGAGGGAUGAAGUAUGCCUUCAACCCGGCGGAAGUCAAGUGGAGAAGAUUUUCCUGGCUUUUACUUGUGAUGGGUGCGUUUGGUGCUCUGACCUACCAAGUCGUUGACAGGGCACAGCAUUUUGCCAGUCAUCCUAAGAGCGUGGACGUAUCCAUCAACUACACUGCACCAAUCACCUUUCCUUCAGUCGCAAUAUGUAACUAUAACACAUUCAGAGCUUCCUUACUAUCAGGAACUGAGCUUGGUGAGUUCCUGACCACCGCUGCUACUGAUCCCGCCUCUCUCGACAUGAAUGAUUAUUACGAUCUACUGACCUCCACCAAUAUGAGCCAUCUGAUGAAAAACUACGCCCAAGAACUGAAUCUGUCUGUUUUAUUUGCAAAAUUUGGUGGGUCAAAUAUUGACAUAGAGGCAAAUUUCUCGGUAGCCCUGACCGAAUGGGGACCAUGUUUUAUUUUCAACGAUGCUAAUAAUGGUUACCCACCUGCAACCGUGGAACGUGCAGGUAAAGCGUACGGGUUGGAAUUGAUGCUUGAUGUCGAACAGUGGGAGUACUUCUUCGGACCGUUCAAUCGUAUCUCGGCAGGAUUCCAGAUCCUUCUUUACGACUACGAUUCCGUGCCCAUGGUCGAAGAUCACGGCUUCGGUAUCUCACCCGGAACCCAUUCCCAUGUCGGAAUCGAAGUGACCGAUGUAAAUAAUCUGGAACCCCCCUUUGGUUCGUGCGAAGAUAAAGAAUUAAAAUACUUUGAUCACUACGGCUAUGCGGAGUGCGACCAUGAAUGCAAAGGCGACUUCUAUAUUGAACACUGCGGCUGCGUACCUUGGGCUGCUCCGGAAAACGAUUCUUUAGUGGAGUGCAACAACUGGGAACUAUAUACUUGUGUUUUUCCAAAUUCCGCGCUGUUUGUAACCAACCAUACUUGCGAUUGUCCAGUGCCUUGUAGUUUUCGGACCUACAAGCCUACAGUCUCGACGACGCAGUUCCCGUCGACGUUCUGGACCAAUGUCUAUUCUGCGCUAUAUGGUUUUCCUGCAGAGGUUUUUCCGGAAAAUAUAUGUUAUCUAUCGAUAUACUUUCAAGAGAUGAGUAUUCAACAGAUAAAUCAACAGGUUGAUUAUACGUUCUUCAGUUUACUUUGUGACAUUGGCGGCUCUCUCGGACUGUGGCUCGGCGGCAGCGUACUCACUGUAUUUGAAUUUUGCGAUCUUUUUAGUAAUUCAAUUUAUGUCUACACGAAACGAGUGCCAAAUAGAUUUUGACACUAUCAAUGCCCAUUGAAAAUACGUUUUAUUUUGUAAGAUUAUGAUAAGUCUUUCAAAAUGCAAUUUCGUCGGAAGGCAGCACAUACAUAGAUAACUUAACUUUGUGUAUGUCUUUGAGUAAGGGCGGGGCCACGAGGGGCAAAGAGCUCACACCUGUGAUUCUUCAAGUUGUGGGGGGGGGGGGGGGAUGACGAGAAAAAGAAAAAAAAAGAGGGGAAGACAAAAUGGAGAAAAAUAAAGAGUGUGAAAAGAGAGUUCUGCACCAAGUGAGAGAAAAAGGUUACCUCGCCCCCAUCAAAAUACCCUGGUAUUAUUAAUUGUCUGGUUCAUAAUUAUCAGUUAGAACCAGGCCAAUAAUACAUUAAUUGGACUAAUUAUAUAUUCAUGAAGCCAUAUUCUGGGACCCCAUGGGCCGAUUCCCCGCCAAAUUUGGGUUGUGAGGAUAUUUCAUCACGCUCUACCGAAAUAUGGAAUCGCAUAUGCUGGAAUGAAAAAUUGGAAUAUUGAUGUUUAUUUUAUGUUUUGUUCAUCACCACCUUGCGGUACUAUAUUUUAUACUUUAUCCUUUAUCACCUUGAAAUAUGAAAAGUGAUACUCUGACGAUAAAUUGAGUACAAUAGGUCUCGUCAUAAUAAAUCAGGUUAUAUAUCGCCUCUGAAUUCUCUAUUUGUGUGAUUUUUUUACUCCUUGUACGCCAAAUAAUGAUUUUGACAAAUGUCAUUUUUGUAUAUUAUUUUGCAGAUAUACUGUAUAUACAUGCAUUCAUAUGGAGUUUAAAAAAAGAAAUACAGAUAUCUAACUAUUUUCUGAAAAUGUUGUAUCAUACUGUAUUCGAAGAUUAUGCAAUAAAUCAUACAUCUUUCAAAAUA